AAUUUUGCAGGACAUAUAACCAUAGAGUUUUCUACAGACUGGAUUAUAAUUUCAAGGCAGUCGAGAAGACGAGAUCCUCUGACAAUACUAGAGGAACGCAUUCUCUCCCAACUCAUGCUACUUCAUAAAUAAAAAAUUUCUUUAGUGACUGUUUUAUUGCCAAUUCGAUAUGAAGUUAUUUAAUUUGUGUUUACUACUUCAGAUUCUUCAUUUCUGCGGAGUUUUGGCUGAUAAUAGUGAUUGUAGAACUCCAAAUAAUGAAAUGGGUGAAUGCAUAAUAAUCCGUAAUUGUACGCGCCUUUAUGCAUACUUGAUGAAGAGACCAAUUUCUGCAGUACACACAAACCUCCUUCGACGUUCACAUUGUGGUUUCGUAGGAGAGGUUCCAAAGGUUUGUUGUCCCUCUGAAACUACCGAAGUUAUGGAUAAAGCAGAUAUGGAAGAGGAUGAUGAAGUUCUACCAUCAACGCCUUCUAAUUUAUUACCCAGUACGAGCAAUUGUGGAUUGGAUCUUGGCAGAAAAAUCUUGAGUGGAACUGAAACAGAUUUAGAUGAAUUUCCUUGGAUGGCACUACUUUUAUAUGAACUGCCAAAUGGAAGACAGGAAUUUGGAUGUGGAGGUGUCCUAAUCAGUGACAGAUAUGUUUUAACCGCUGCACAUUGUUUGAAAGGGAAAAGUCUGUCGAAACGGAACCUGAAAUCAGUUCGAUUGGGCGAAUUCAAUAAGGAUUCAGAUGUGGACUGCAGUUUCAAUGGAUUCAAUACAAUUUGCUUGAAAACUCCGCCGAUUAAUGUUAAUAUCGAGGAUAAACUUACCCAUUGGAAAUAUAAUCCAGAGGAUGACAAUCAAAAACACGAUAUUGCUUUGUUACGCUUGGAAAGAAAAGUGAAAUCUAAUGAUUAUAUUCAACCAAUUUGCUUACCACUACUCCAAGAAGAAAGGAAAAAAACUUACAGCGGAAUGAAUUUAACCGUUGCUGGUUGGGGACAGACUGAAAAUAAAGCGACUAGCAGUGUGAAAUUGAAAUUAUUGGUACCUGUAAUACCACAAUCUGACUGUAAGGCUCUCUAUACUGAAGCAAGCAAGGAAAUAUCUGAAAAACAAAUGUGUGCCGGCGGGCAACAAAACAAAGAUUCUUGCAGAGGCGAUAGCGGAGGUCCUCUGAUGUCCAUCAGUGUGGACGAAAAUGGAGAUUCUAACUGGUAUCUUGCAGGCAUAGUGUCGUAUGGUCCUGUUCCUUGUGGAAUUAAGGAUUGGCCUGGAGUGUACACGAGGGUUUCAAAAUAUAUUGGUUGGAUUGCUCGACAUAUGAAGCCUUAAUAAAAUUCAAUUAUUUUUGAAGAAUGUGAAGUGAAAUGAUUGCAAAACCAUAAAUUUAGUAUGUGGUUCGAGAGGUUUGACAAAAAUGAUUCAAUGAUAUGUCGUCUGUUUUAUGGAUCUCUGUGUGUUGACAAUGACAACUCCGAAUGAAAUAUUGUUUAUGUUUUUAGAAUGCUUAUUAUUUAUUUACAAUUAUACAUAAUGAUUCUUCGGCUUGAAAUGAAUUUUUAAUACUUAUUGGAUUACAUACCCAUAUACAGGGUGUUACAUGAAAGGUUCGCCAUAGCUUAGUGAAUUAGAAUUUAUUUGGUUUUUGGAUUACUUGAAGAUCAAAAACUAGAUAUAACAAUAAUAAAAUAUGAAUAAAUUAUACAUGUAAAAACCAAGACUUAUUGUUUACAUAUCUUAUUUACACAUAUAACUUUAUGUCGGC